AGUCCAAUCUUUUUAAAUGGGGCCCGUGUUACAUUGUGGCCGAUUAUUUCAGGUAUAAAACCGUCCAUUUUGUCAGACCCGCCUCAUUCAGUCUUCUCACACAGACCGACGUUUAAAAAAUGAACAAGGCUUCCGGCAUUCUCAUCGCUCUUUUCGCUGUUUUGGGCGGCACUUUUGCUGCUUGCGUCCCGGGCUACUCUCAAAUCGGAGACAAAUGCUACACGGUGCCUGGCUUACCCCAACGAUUUAACUAUUGGAGCUCCAACGAAUUGUGCAGCGUCGCCAAAGGCGAUCUUUUCCACGUCCAAAACAUUACCCAAUGGGAGGAUCUCAACACCUUCCUGGUUGGACUCGGUUACUACGACACCUACUGGACCGGAGUUGCUGCCGAGGGACACCCCGGUCUGUGGGUUGUUCGGUCGACCGGAUUUGAGUUGAUCCCGGAAGCCGUUGAAUUCAAAGAAGGAUCUCCCAGCAACUCGGCUACCAACUUGUGCUUGGCCAUCGAAUACCAGGCCGAUCUUGGACGCUACCAGUGGGUCGACUACCCCUGCAGCGACGAGUACGUCAUCGUGUGCGAAUAUAGAACUUGCAAUUAAAAAUGUUUUUUAAAAUAUUUCAACGAUAACGUGGGAUAAAAAGCCCCCCCCCCUUUUGUACGCGACUGUUUCUUAUAGAACCAAUGUUCAAGGUCAAUAAAUAAUUCCAAUCGAA